CCGUAAAGCUUUGGCUGAGAAAAUAAAAAAACCCGUACAACCCUCGGAGAUUUAGCUGGAGAAAUGUAAUAGAGUAACAUCGUCAUUAAGGGCUGAAAAUGGCUUCGGGCGUGGAUUUACCAACUUUGAAAAGUGUCCUUAAGCACUUGCGCGACCUCGCACAUCAUUUCAAGAAGGAUGAGCAUGGAUUUCAGGAAGAGGAAAUUAGUCACUUUGAAGAAAUUGCCAUAGCCAUGGAAGAACUUGAUGCAAAAAGAAGACAUGCUCAUGAUCGAUUGGAAGUGGAAACCAUAAAAGCGAGCCUGCUCAGGCAAAAGCUCCACACCAUUCCAAAUGAAAUCAGCCGGGAAAGAGCCGCUGCAGUCUCGGCAGCGCGAGACACGAAUUCAGCAGAGCUCAAAAACCUGCGGCAUGGACUGAGCGCAACCUUGGAAGAAAUUCAGGAGCUGCAAAAGAAACAUAAUUUUUUGGAAAAUGACAAUUCUGCACUGAUGCCUGAAUUGGAAAAAUGGCAAUCACAAAAAGAUGAAAUCAUAUACCGACUCAAUGAACAAAUGUCAGAACGAGCCAACAUGCAGAUCACACUCAAUGACACACACAAGCAAAUUCAAGAGUCAAGAGAGACCAUCAGUCGACUGGAGGUGGCACGGGAAGACUUGCUGAAAGCCAUGGCUCAAGAAAGAGCCCAGUUUGCACUGAAUAAGGAGGGAAUUCUUAAAGAGAUGGAGAAUGAGAAGAGUCUCGUGGGAGCACAGAGGGAGAUGAAUGCAGAGAAAAGAAAGGAUGUGGAGCAAGUGACUAAGGAGCUGAGUGACCAACAAUGCAGACUCGAUAACCAGUAUCAGCUGCUGAGUCGCGUGCAGGGUUCGCUGGCGCUGCUGGAGGCGGCUCGCGUGCGGGAAACGGCACGGCAGGAGCAGGGGGUCCAGCAGCAGCAGGAGCUGCGCAAACGCAGCAAACGCUUAACCGAGGGCUUGACACACGCAUCUCAAACACUCGGCAAAAGAAUUAGCGUCCUCCGUGAAACGCAAUCCAAGACGAAUAAGGCGUUGGCGGACGCUGAAGAGAUGAAGAAAAGUCUGCAAGCUCGGCGCUCCGACACAGAGGCAAGGCUCGUCCAGGCACGGGAGCUGGAAGCCAAAGAGCUCGCAAAUAAAGAGGACGCAAUUAAACAGUUUCAGGCGUCAAGAUCUUUUAUAGAUGAGAAGACAGAAAUGAUAGCACGACUCCAGCGGGAGACGGUGGAUCUGGAGGAAUCCAUGCGAGAGACGCAAGAGAAGAGCAAGGCAGUAAUGAAUUCCUACAACCAGCAGCUUGAAGAGCACAAGGAAUGGCUGGCAAAGGCACGGCACGAAAGGAUGGCGGUAAUCUCCGAGAAGGAAAGUAUCCAGAUGGAGAUCAGGGAAAUGCGAGCAGAAGCAAACAAGUUCAUUCUGCAGCUGGACGGCCAGCUUGAGAAGGAUGCGCAGAAGCAGAGAGAACUCACAGAUGAGUCCAGGCAGCUGCAAACGGAGAUAGCGGAGAAAAUCCAGAUGAUCCCCGGUCUGCAGCAGCACCUGACAGAAGAAAAGGAGCAGUGUCGUCAUCUGGAAUGCGAGCUGACGGCCUGCGUCAAACGCAUCGAGGAGGAGUUGGUGCGAGUGACAGAAGUUUGUGAGCAGAAGGAGCAAGAGAUGCAGCAGACAGCCCCUGUUCUGCAACAGCUGCAAGCCGAGCUGCAGGGGGCACAGAAGCUGUACAACGAGAGGAAGCACGAGAUCGCAGCCAUUAAGAGUAAAAGGAGACAGAUGGAAGAAAUGUCACGUCAGAUGCAACAGGAAAUCGAAAACUUCAGCACAUCAAAGGGACAGUUGCAAUCAGAGUUGCGAGAGGCCAGAAAUGAGUUUCUGCAGCAACUCAAAGACCAAGGAGAUGAGCUGCAGGCGCUGGAGACAAACAUUUAUGAGACAUGUGGGAAACGGGAACAAGUUACGAUGGAAAACUGCCGAUUUAAGCUGUGUAAUGUCAAGUUUGCAGAAGACAUUACCCAACUUGAAACCGAUGCUGAAAAUCACAAGCAAGCCAUGAAAGACCUUGAGAAAAAUCGUUACACUUUGGAAGCAAACCUCCAAGAAGGCUGGGUGAAAUGUGCCAAGUCUCAGAAGGAAUACGACGAGGGAGAUGAGUGCAUUGUGGAGAGUCUGCUGGAGCUCAUGAAGAGAACCCAGCGACGACAGAUGCACAUUGGGAAAGUGACCUUGGGACUCGAAGAUCAAAUGAGUCUCUUUGGUAAAAUUCUGGACCGAACGACAAAAUCCUGCCCGCUGGGAUAGUUUUACUCAUGUGCACUUAUCGCCUGUGCCCUCAGAAGCAACUGUAAAUUUCUUAGAAAAACAAAUUCACUUUUUUUGAGUAAUUGCACGACUAAGAUUGUUUGCAUGCAUCCAUGCAGUUUCUCGUUUAAAAUGCCUUAUUUUUCAAUUUGCACUAGGAAUACCUUACAAACUCUGCUUGAUGGAAGUGAGGAUUCAAGAUAGAUACCCUUUUUCAAAUUUGUAUGCAGAUGCCAAGAUGUCCAAAGAAUAUUUAUGGCAGCUUCACAUUUGAAAAUUCUUCAAAACAUAAAAAUCAUCUUAAAUGAAUACUCAGAUGUUUGCUUUCUAAUAAUGUCAGUCUCCUUAUGCUUUAAUGGAUAUCAAUUGUUUUUACAUGUGUGAUGUUGUAAUCUGUAUGUUCAUAUAAACACUUCCUCUUUUAAGUAAAAUAGUAGAAAUUUGAACAGCUGUAACACGUUAAUUACUUUAACUGAUCACCUUGCUUUCACAUAUCCCCCCUGCACGAGUUG